AAAGAAAAUUUGGAGUUAUUCAUUUUUUGACAGCCCAACACCCAAACAUUCCGCCAACCAAAACCAACUCAACAAAACCCCGAUUUUCUUCUUUCCCUUCAAUGGCGAAUUCGAUCCCCGCCGUCCAAUCCCCAAAUUCGAAGAUUAUGUGAUUGAGAAUUAGCCUAAGUCCACGCCGGAGAAACAGCUAUCGGAUCUGAAACGCUGAAUUGCAGCUAAUCCGUUUUUGCUUAACUUAGUUAACCAAUUGCUAUUUGCGCAUAGUCAAAGCUAAUUCGUUUUGGUUAUGGCUUCGACGAAAUCGUCUCGGUCAAGAGCAGCACAGUCCGGAGCUUCAGCAAAGGGGAAUGUCAAAGAUGGAGGUGCGAAGUUUGAGGAAAAUCUCAACGUUUUCAAGUCCGAUAACUUCGAUGCCGAUGCUUUUGUGCAGUCCAAGUGCCAGUCCCUCAGUGAAAAGGAAAUAAGACAGUUAUGCUCAUACCUUGUGGAUCUGAAGAGAGCUUCUGCUGAAGAAAUGCGCAGAAGUGUGUAUGCAAAUUAUACUGCUUUUAUUCGUACUUCUAAAGAGAUAUCAGAUUUAGAGGGAGAACUUUCAUCCAUGAGAAACCUGCUAUCCACACAGGCAACCCUGGUUCACAGUUUAGCUGAGGGGGUUCAUAUUGACUCUUUAUCUGACACUGCUCCUGACAGUUCUGCUAAGACUGGUUUAUCUAACAAUGAAGUAGGAGAACCUUCUGAUGUGGAGAAAUGGUCCACAGAGCUUCCUGAUUUCAUUGAUGUAUUACUAGCUGAAAGGAGAAUCGAUGAAGCUCUGGACAGGCUUGAUGAAGGAGACAACGUUGUGGCUGAAGCAAAAGCGAAGAAUACAUUGACACCUGUCAUGCUUCUUUCACUUCAGACAGCUAUAAUCGAGCGCAGACAAAGGUUAGCUGAUCAGCUUGCCGAAGCAGCAUGUCAACCUUCCACACGGGGUGCUGAGCUUCGUGCAGCAAUUUCAGCUCUAAAAAAGCUCGGUGAUGGUCCUCGUGCUCACAGUUUACUUCUUAAUGCACAUUUUCAGAGGUAUCAGUACAACAUGCAAAGCCUCCGUCCAUCUAGUACCUCUUAUGGAGGAGCGUAUACAGCAGCACUUUCACAGCUUGUAUUCUCUGCCAUUGCUCAAGCAACAAGUGAUUCCUUGGCCAUUUUUGGCCAGGAAACAGCUUACACAUCUGAGCUUGUGAUGUGGGCAACAAAGCAGACAGAGGCAUUUGCACUUUUAGUCAAAAGACACGCAUUAGCUUCAUCUGCGGCUGCUGGGGGUUUGAGAUCUGCUGCAGAAUGUGUUCAGAUAGCUUUAGGGCACUGUUCAUUACUGGAAGCUCGUGGUCUUGCUCUUUGUCCUGUAGUUCUGAGGCUGUUCAGGCCUAGUGUUGAGCAAGCUCUUGAUGCUAAUUUGAAGAGGAUUGAAGAGAGUACAGCUGCUUUAGCUGCUGCUGAUAAUUGGGAGCUCACAUAUCCUCCGGCCUCUGUGCGCCUAGCUGGAAGGACCGGUGCAGCUACUGGUGGUGGUUCGAUGGCAAAUCAGCCCAAGCUUUCGAGUAGUGCUCACCGUUUCAAUUCAAUGGUCCAGGAAUUUUUUGAAGAUGUAGGACCCCUCUUAAGUAUGCAGUUGGGAAGUAGAACACUCGAUGGUUUGUUCCAGGUUUUCAAUUCCUACGUUAAUAUGCUCAUAAAAGCAUUACCCAGCGCCAUGGAGGAAGAGGCGGAUUUUGAAGGUUCAGGAAAUAAAAUUGUUCGAUUGGCUGAAACUGAAGCCCAACAAAUUGCAUUGCUUGCUAAUGCAUCCUUACUCUCCGAUGAGCUGUUGCCACGUGCAGCAAUGAAGCUCUCCCCAUCGAGUCAGGCUAGUUACAAGGAUGAUUCCCGUAGAAGGCCAAUGGACCGCCAAAACCGUAAUCCUGAGCAAAGGGAAUGGAAGAGGCGCCUUGUGAAUUCUGUUGAUAGAUUAAAAGACAGUUUUUGCCGCCAACAUGCUCUAGACCUUAUAUUUACUGAAGAAGGUGAUAGUUAUCUUACUGCAGAAACGUACAUACACAUGGAUGGUAGGAAUAUGGAUGAAAUAGACUGGUUCCCUUCUCCCAUAUUCCAGGAACUCUAUGCAAAACUGAAUAGGAUGGCCGGCUUUGCAGUGGACAUGUUUGUAGGGCGCGAAAGAUUUGCGACAUUAUUAUUAAUGAGACUCACAGAAACCGUCAUUUUAUGGCUUUCAGAAGACCAAACAUUCUGGGAAGAUAUCGAGGAAGGACCUAAGCCAUUAGGUCCUAUUGGUCUGCAACAGUUCUAUUUGGAUAUGAAAUUUGUCAUGUGCUUCGCUUCACAAGGCCGCUACUUGUCUAGAAACUUGCACCGCACGGUUAACGAUAUUAUAUCCAAAGCAAUGGCUGUAUUUUCAGCUUCAGGCUUGGACCCAAAUAGUGUACUUCCAGAAGAUGAUUGGUUCAAUGAAAUAUGUCAAGACGCAAUAGAGAGGCUGAGUGGAAAACCAAAGAUGACUAAUGGGGAGCGGGACCCCAACAGUCCAACUGCCUCUGUUUCAGCACAAUCGAUUUCAUCCAAUAGAUCUCACGGAAGUUCUUGAUGCGUAAUUGUCGCAAAAAAUAUUGUAAAUUAGGCUGAAUACGUGGUUUCUAUUGGAAUACCUGCCGCACGUAUUCAGAAUAAGCUUCAUAUGUAUUGAUUUCGAUUUUCCCAUUUUUUUAAUUUCUUUUUCUUUAUCCUCAAAUGUAGUAGAUUUGUUGUUCUUGUAUCAUUGAUUUCUUGGAAGGCUAGUAAUUCUUUAUGUUCCCUAGUUGGGGGAGCAUUUUGAGUGUGUAUAUGUUGAUAACAAAUGGUUUAGUACAG